GCUCUUUCUUGUUAAUGGCGGGCGGUAUCUGCUAAGCGGGACGCAGAUAACCGCUGCCCAACGGGGAAAGUCUCCCCUGUCUCCGGCUUUCUGCUUGCUUUCAGGGCCUGAGCUCGCCAGCAUGUCUGUUGUACCGCCCAAUCGCUCGCAGACGGGCUGGCCGCGGGGAGUCAACCAGUUCGGCAACAAGUACAUCCAGCAGACCAAGCCCCUCACCCUGGAGCGCACCAUCAACCUGUACCCUCUUACCAAUUAUACUUUUGGUACAAAAGAACCACUCUAUGAAAAGGACAGCUCUGUUGCCGCCAGAUUUCAGCGCAUGAGGGAGGAAUUUGAUAAAAUUGGAAUGAGGAGGACUGUAGAAGGGGUUCUGAUUGUACAUGAGCACCGGCUUCCCCAUGUGUUACUCCUACAACUGGGAACAACUUUCUUCAAAUUACCUGGUGGUGAACUUAACCCAGGAGAAGAUGAAGUUGAAGGACUAAAACGCUUGAUGACAGAGAUACUGGGUCGCCAGGAUGGAGUCUUGCAAGACUGGGUCAUUGAUGACUGCAUUGGUAACUGGUGGAGGCCAAAUUUUGAGCCUCCGCAGUAUCCAUAUAUUCCUGCACAUAUAACAAAGCCUAAGGAACAUAAGAAGUUGUUUCUGGUUCAGCUUCAAGAGAAAGCCUUGUUUGCAGUCCCUAAAAAUUAUAAGCUGGUAGCUGCACCAUUGUUUGAAUUGUAUGACAAUGCACCCGGAUAUGGACCCAUCAUUUCCAGUCUUCCUCAGCUGUUGAGUAGGUUCAAUUUUAUAUACAACUGAAUUCUGCGCAGAGGAGAAGUAAAAGAAGCCGUCUCUGUGAGCACAGCUAUAAACAGUGUAGAAGAAUAAACAUGGUAGAAAAAUUGUUUUGGUUUUUAUGCUUUCCCCAAGCCCUAAAUUUCCCCUUUCUAUUGUUUGAAUAGUAAAGUUAAUAUGAAGAACUAGAUAGUGAUGCAAAUAAAUGUGAUGUUUACUUUUGGUUCUACUCAUUCUUUUUUGUACAACAUUAAAGAAAGUGAACUUCUAUUUGUAUUUUUUUUUAAAUUUCUCAUUAAACUUUGAAAAAUCUUGUGGUUGAGGAUCAUUUUUUACUUCUUUUAUGCUGAUCAAUGUUAAGACACAAUGAUAGUUUAGGUCAGUGGAGUUUUAUGGGACCCUUGCUCGAGUACCAUUCUGGGCCGCGUACAAGUACUUCAAGACUGGACAGACCUUUUUAAUGAGGAUUUUCAAUUAUUUUUAGGAACUAGCUUUGUCUGAUUGAAUCCAAGAUGCAACUCCUUUACCAAACUUUAUACUCUAGUGAUGGCAAACCUUUUAGGGGCCAACUACCCAAACUGCAACUCAAAAUCCACUUAAUUAUUGC